AGUGCAAGCAGCGCAGCGAUUCUUAAAAACCCAGACAAUCCAAAAUACUCGUUUUACAUAACAAAGCGUCAAUCCUCUGGUCGUGGAAGUCUUGCGCAUGAAAUUAAUGUGAUCGAUCUGACCGCGAUCCGAGCCUCAUCGAUAUAUCAUGAGAUGAUUUCUUCCUACGAAUUACCCUCGCAACCGCUAGAUCGACCUAUGCAGAUGCGGCUAAGGUAAGACAACGAACCGCCAAUUAUUUCAACGGAUCUGCAAGUUAUUUACUGUGACACAGCAUGACCGAUCCGCUCUUUCGUACCGUGGCUUCUCUGUGUGUCCGUCAACAUCAAAUUGCCGACGAUGGUCACGGUUGCUGUGGGCGUAUGUACUCGAUCAUCACCGAUAAACGGAUCGUGGCCAAUGGGUUCGGUUUACGUUGGCGAAUCGAAACAAAUCCCUCUGAGCUGAUAUUGCAAGUGACAUCGAUUGCUUCCAUCAACGAUCAAUACAGCAGUUACGAUUUGAUGCAGCUGCUUAGGCUUAUCAGUGCGAAUGGCGGUCAUCAAUCGCUCGAACAAGUGCGACCGAAAAAGGUACUCGUCUACUUGGAGCAACUGGCCAAGGACAAAGCCGAAAAAUAUACCCACAAGCUUGCUACAGAUAAAGAUGUUUCCACUGCAGGAGAGAUGCUGGAACGUCUAGCAUGGCAAGAAAAAGAUAAUUUUAGAAUAGGCAUAGAUACCGGCGAUGCUGUUGUUGCCUGUCAAUUGUUUCAAUAAGAAUUUUCAUUGGUGAAUUUUCUUUCAAUUUUUUCGGA